UUUCUCCUACUCGCUCACUCGCGUAGGUCCGUUCGCUUCCGUUCUGCGCUCGCCGAAUGGCUGUGUCAAAAUACACGUCACAAGUUCGUUGAUGCGAGUUCACAGUGCCUCUGAAAGUGAUGUGGGAUGUUCUGUGACUGAAUUCAACCUGUAUAAAAAUAUAAGAAAUUCAAAGAAAGAGUCUAGCCAUGCGCGCUCUUUUGGUACUGGGCCUAGGGCUGCUCAUCGUGCAGACGGCAGUUGCGCCUCCUGUUACAAAGAACAAGAAUGCCAGCGAGGAAGCAGCUAAGGAUAAGGAAGAAACUGAAGCUGCAGAUUCGGCAGAUUUGGAGGAUGUGAUGGAGUAUCACAGAUACCUGACGGAGGUCGUUCAGGCAUUGGAGAGCGAUCCAGAGUUCCGGCAGAAGCUCGAGAAGGCGAAGGAAAUUGAUAUUCGGAGCGGAAAAAUUGCCCAUGAACUUGAGUUCGUCAAUCAUCAGGUCAGAACAAAACUCGACGAACUGAAACGCCAAGAGCUCGAGAGGCUCAGGCAUCUGGCCAUAAAAGAAUAUCAGAUUGAGAAUGGACUCGAUCCCGACCAUCUCAAAAUCGCCGAGCAUCUCGAUCACUCGAAUCCACACACAUUUGAGAUAGAUGAUCUGAAGAAAUUGAUUGCCAAGACCUCGCAAGACUUAGCCGAGGCGGAUCGUAAGAGAAAAGAAGAAUUUAAAGAAUACGAGAUGCAAAAGAAGUUUGAGCAAGAGAUAAAGAUGAAGGGUAAUACUGGCAUGGAUGAAGAUCAAAGGAAGAAAUACGAAGCUGAGCUUCACUCCCAGGAGGAAAAGCAUAAGAAGCACCAACCGUUGCAUCACCCUGGUAGCAAACCGCAGCUGGAGGAGGUCUGGGAAAAACAGGACCACAUGGAAAACCAGGAUUUCGAUCCCAGGACGUUUUUCUACCUCCAUGAUCUCGAUGGCAAUGGCGUCUGGGAUCAGAAUGAAGUUAAGGCUCUUUUCUUGAAAGAACUUGACAAAAUGUAUGCCGAAGGUGCUCCUGAAGACGAUUUGAGAGAACGCGCGGAGGAAAUGGAACGGAUGCGAGAACACGUUUUCAACGAAGCUGAUCUUAACAAAGAUGGAUUGAUAAGCUAUAACGAAUUCGUUGAGCAAACAAAGAAGCCCGAUUUCCAGCAGGAUGCAGGAUGGCAGGGUCUGGACGAGCAGCAAAUAUUUUCACAGCAGGAAUACGAGGAAUUUGAGAGGCGUAGACAGGAAGACAUACAGAAGUUAAUUGCAAAGGGAAUACUACCCCCGCAUCCGGAUAGUUAUCCCCCUGGACAUCCUGAACAGUUCCCACCACAGUACGGCCAUGUUCCGGUACAUCAAGGAGGUCCGGAUCAGGGAUUCAUCGAUCCACUGGGUGCCAGAGUCGGGCAUCCCAACGAAAUUCCACAGGGUCAACAAUUCCAGGGCCAACAUGUGCCCCAACAACAGUUCCAGGGACAAGUACCACAGCAACAAUUCCACGGACAAGUGCCGCAGCAACAGUUCCAAGGACAUCAGGUGCCGCAGCAACAGUUCCAAGGACAUCCAGUGCCGCAGCAACAGUUCCAGGGCCAACAAGUACCCCAGCAGCAAUUCCAAGGACAAGUGCCACAACAACAAUUCCAAGGGCAACAAAUUCCUCAACAACAACAGCAGCAUGUCCAACAAGUUCAAGGAGGAAUUCAGCAGCAGCAACAACAACAGCAACAACAACAACGGCAACAACAGCAACAACAGCAGCAGCAGCAAGUGGUACAAAACGUGGUUCCGGCAGGAGGAAAUCAGCAGGUUCAUAAUACCGGUAACACAGCAGCAGGAAAUUUGGUAAACAAUCAACAACAGGCCAACAUAGCGCAGAAACAAGUAAACAACAAUGAAGCUGCUCAGCAACCAGUGGCAGCAAUCUUGGUUGAGAAUAGCCAAAAAAUAGUACCAAAUGCAGUAAACGCUCAUUCAUAAUCGGGGUGAAACUGAAAAAUAAUAAGAAGGUCAAUCAGAUUAUAGUAGAGGAUGGAACGGAUAUUUUGUAAUUGGAAGUAUAAUUAUAGUCAACUAAUUUUACGCAUUUUAACAUGUGCAAAAUUGAUUGAUGAAAAUUCAGCGAUUCGAUGGAGGGGAAAAAUAAUUUACCGCUAAAAUCAAUACGUUUUAUACAACUGCAACUACGAACGAUGGAUUUGACAAGGAAUUAAUUAUACAUUGUAGUUUGUAAACCUUUGAUCGCGUCGAGCGAUUGUAUUGUUACGUGACAUUAUUCUAUAAUACAAUAUACAUAUAUAUUUAACAACGUUUCCUAAUCUUCCGCAUUUCAGUGCAAACACUCAAGAGAUACAUUUCAUUUCGCAGUAUUAAUCCACCGCUCGCAUUUGGUUGAUAACACUUACUACUGUUAUCAAUUUUCUUUUUUUUUUCUCACAAUUACGACGAUUUUUACGACGACGAUGACUGUUUGCUAUCGCGGUUUUGCGAUUACGUUUCUAUUGUCAUUCGAUGUGUGAUUUUUUUCUAAUCGAUUGAUCUAACCGACACGCUUAUGAUCCCUCCAUACCUGAUACGAUUCGUUGAUUUAUGAUGAUUGUGUAAAAUUUUGAAUGGAAAAAUAAAAAGAAAAUGUACUUCGAA